AUGCCAUUACGAGUACGAAAUCUAUUGGAACAGCUGGGCGACGAACUUAUUCUUAAAAUUGAACUCGGUCGUACACCUGUCCAAGGUUUUCCUAUUAAAAUACUUAACUUUUUAAGCCAUUCAAAAUUUACCGAUAAACAACUUGAGCUUGGUUAUGAUGAAAUCUAUCACAAUUAUUUACUCGUUACUAUAAAGAAUAGUCAGGGACCUCAUACACUACAACAUAUGCUUGGAAAUAUCAGAUUAAAUGUAAGUGCUAGAACCAUUCUUAAACUUGAAAAAGCACAACGUAUUGCUCUCAAACCUCCGUCUAUACCCGAUGAAUUGAUUGAUGUAUAUGAUAUUCCACUAACACCAGAUAAACCAUUAACACUCAAUCGACUAAUUUCUACAGCGUCGAAUGUUGACAAAAAUUUUUACACGUAUGAUGCUGGUGAAAAUAAUAUGUGUCAAACAUUUGUCGAAAACAUUAUCGAUAUCAAUGCACGAGUGCUUCUUCAUUCAACGCCACCACCAUCGCCGCCCGAAUCACCAUUGCGCUUCAGAUUUUAA